CAUCACUACUAUGGCGGAACAGAAAGCAGGAAUUCCGUGUAUGCGCCGCUGACAGCGGUUUCAAUAGCGGUUAUGACCAUCACCCCCACAGUACAAGGGGCUGUUGCUCGAUACCCGGGGUCAAACAAACAUCUGUGGACCAGUGUAUGUUUACUGAGCAUGUGAACCCAGCUGUGUGACUACGACCGUGGAUGAAGCCCAGUGUUUGGCUUUGAUGCUCGGAGUUUAAUCAAAGGCUUUACCUUUCAGCUUAACGAUGAUUUAGAUCUUCCCACAUUCGCCGCAAAAUUGUUCAAGAGAAGAUGAUCAUGGAAGUGUUUGGGAUAAUGCAUUUGGACCAACUGUCUCAAGGACUGGCCAACUUGUCCAUGUUUCCGUACUUUGACAUGGCGCAUUACAUGGUGUCAGUCAUGGCUCUGAGAGAGAAACCAGGAGCUCUGCAGGUUUCCAGAGCUAGCCCGUUAGCCUGCUGGUUCAGCUCCAUGCUCUUCUGCUUUGGUGGAGCUGUUCUGUCUGGGAUCAUGUUGGCUGAACCUCCUGUGGCACCGUUGACCAACAGUACCAGCGUUCUCCUUGCAACACUCAUCUGGUACCUGGUAUUCUACUGCCCCAUGGACAUGGUGUACUCCUAUGCUGCAACACUGCCUUUCAGACUGGUGCUGUCAGGGAUGAAGGAAGUGACCCGGACAUGGAAGGUGCUGGGAGGGGUCUCUCAGGCUCACAACAAAUACAAGGACAGCCUGCUGGUCAUGAUCACCAUUGGCUGGACCAGAGGGGCUGGAGGAGGUCUGAUCAGUAACUUUGAGCAGCUGGUACGAGGUGUCUGGAAACCAGAGACCAAUGAGCUCCUCAACAUGUCUUACCCCACCAAGAUCACGCUGAUCGGCGCGGUGCUGUUUGCACUGCAGCAGACUCACUACCUGCCUGUGCAGAAGCACCACCUGAUGUUCAUCUACACCGUCUUCAUCGUCGUCAACAAGUCCAGGAUGAUGUUGACUCGUUCAUCCACAUCACCGUUCGCAGCCAUCGAGUCGCUCAUCUACAAAACCCUCUUCAGUCGCUCUUCCUCCUGCGCCGCCCUGACGGAGGAGGCACAGAGAUCGUGCAGGGAUGCAGACCAGAGAAAGGGGGCGUCCUGCAAGAACGAACCCAAAGAGUGCGGCAGGACGUCCGGCCGCAAGAAAAACAACUGAUCCACAUCGGAUCUGUAGCACCUUUAUGCCUCCGUGUUGAUUGGUGGAGACAUGUUUAAUUCAGAUUUAUGAAAUAAGAACUUUUCUCCUGCUUUCUAUCAAAGAACCUAAUUUUAGUAAUUUUAGUAGUUAAUUUUUAUUCCAUUAUUUCCGUGUAUUUAUUUCCAAAGAUUCCGAUUUAAAGGCUGCUGCUUUAGGAAGUGAACCGUAUGUGUACUUAUUCUGGGAUUAUCACCCACACCCUUGUGCUGUAAUAUACAUGCUGUUGGAUGUUGGAGGAUCAAAUUAUCCCUGGGCUGAUUGCACAUUUGCUGUAGCUUGAUUUUCAAUAUCUGUUUAUGAUAAGGAUAAGCUAAUGAUCUUUUUAUUCUCGGGGUUUUGGGAACAAGGCUGAGGACCUCCUGCUCCCGAUCUUGUCUGUACAUAUUCUGCUUGUAUGAAAAAAAAAACAAAAACAAACUAUAUUUCCUAUCGAGACAUUUUUAAAAGAGAUUAUAUUCUAUGAGACCCACAUUCUAUUCUAUUUAUUUGCUACACUUGCACACGUGAAUGUAAGAACACUUUAGAAACAACUCUACAUUGUGCUUCUCUGAUGAAGACAUAAAUGAAAUCUGAAAAGAAUGAGAAUAAACAGGUUUGAAUACACUA